GGGGCGGAGCCGUCGGUAGCUGUAUUGUAAACAGUUAACCGUUAGCCUCUGUAGCUAACAUUUUGGAAAACAUUGGGCUUACAGUGAGUGGGUUUGCACGCGGAAUGGCUUCCCUCCUCCCCCUCUCCUCCCUGCGUCUCCUCGUCCCGCCUCUCCGCCUGCUAACAGCGGCAAUGUGGCAGGUCGCACGGCACGAAAUAGUGAAGCAUUAUGGGAUGCUGGAGGACUUUGUUUCCCUGGUGACUGAGGCCAUCCCGCAACUGCUGACGGACAGACAGAGGUGUCUGCUGCUGCUGGCUCUGAGGGCAAAGGUCACGUUGUCAGAACCAAAAUCAGCUGCCAUCCAUUCCCACCUAGACAGGAUCCACUCUGAGGCAACGGUGAGACCACAACAGCUGGAUGAAGACGUAAGCGAAUGCUGGUCUGCUUUGUUGACACUCACCGACAAAUUGACAAAGAGUCCAGACAAUUCUCAACGCCUCCUACAGGAGGUGUUUGACCAGAGGUUUGACUCCGCCCUCCAGUCCCUCAUAUCUGACUUUCUGUCCAGGAUCGAGCAGCUCUUUCCUGUUCCCGACUUCAAACAGGCUGCCUCCUGGUUGGAUGCUGCCCCCUCUGGGCUGGAGGACUGUCUGCAGAAGGCGGACAAGGAUGAUCUGAGGGAGCUGCUGACCAAUCAGAGCUCUUUACAGGGACAGGCACUGGCGACAGUCGGUUGUGAUACAGAGGAGACCCUCCUGUCAGUGUGGUCCCACCCCCUUUUCACUAAACUGAUCAAUCCCAACCCUCCUCCACCUGAAACGGAGAUCCAAUCAGAUGUGCUACCUGAGGUUAGUAGCCCCUUGCAGCUGGACGUGGAGCUGGUGAAGGUGGAGGUGGUGGUGAUAACAGAGGACGAGCAGGAAGAGAUCGAGGAGACUGUGAUUGGUUCAGAGCUGGAGGCGUCCAAUGAGAGCUCGGCAGCAGUCAGCAAUGAAUGUGCAGUCACACCUGUGGUUGUGGAGGUGGACAGGUUGAGGGACUCAUGUGAAGACAUUAUCAACCAAUCAGAAGACACAGAUCUCUCCUGCUCAGAGGUCACAGCUAAUGCGCUGCACAGCAUUUCCCACAAUUCCCAGCGUGUGGCUCACAAGUGUCCUCAGUGUGGCAAAUGUUUCAUCUACCGCUCACAGGUGAUCCGACACCUACGCACCAACAGGUCCUGCGGUUCAGCCUUAACGACAUCGGUGCUCGAACAGACUCAACCUGGCGGUGCUGACAAAGAGCUCCGCCUCCCUCAGAACAGCCCCCCUCCCCGUCCUGUCAGGUCUCUGUCCUGCUUCCAGUGCAACGCCAUGUUCAAGACCAAAGCCGAGCUGCUGUCGCACCAGCGCACACACCGGGCACGCCCCAUCUACCACUGCGUCCAGUGCGACAAGGAGUUCCACCACCUAUCCAGCCUGACCAAUCACAAGCAGACGCACCUGGACAAGGGAGGCUUCACCUGCAGCCGGUGUAACAAGGUGUUCGAGUCGGCCAAGGAGAGGGACGCCCAUCGGCUGCAGCACCGGCUGCCCGACCUCACCUGCACCAUGUGUGAUCAGACGUUCAGCUCACAGACGCGACUGCUGCGACACCUGCAGACGCACUCGGUGGAGGGGGCGAAGCUCCGCUACAACUGCCGCUUCUGUGACCAGACCUUCUCAGGGGUGACCCAGCUUCGUAUCCACCAGCGCACACACACCUUCCGCUCGUACCAGUGCGACCUGUGCAGCAAGACAUACGGCUCGCUCACGGGCCUGCAGUCCCACCGGGCGACCCACACCGCUGAGAGCCGCUUCCUGUGCUCGCAGUGCGGUAAGCGCUUCAAGACCCGCGACGGCCUGGAGGGCCACCUGAGGACACACACUGGGGAGCGGCCCUACCGCUGCCCCUACUGCUCCAAAGACUUCACCGCGCUCGCCGGCCUCAACGUGCACGUGCGGCGGCACACCGGGGAGCGGCCGUACGUGUGCACGGUGUGCGGUAAAGGCUGGCCAUCUGGCGGUGACCUCCAGAAACACAUGAGGACGCACACGGGCGAGCGGCCCUAUGUCUGCCAGGACUGCGGGAAGGCCUUCUCCAUUUCCUGUCACCUGACUGAGCACCGGAGGAUACACACAGGAGAGAAGCCGUUCUCGUGUCCGGAGUGCGGGAAAUGUUUACGGAGGAAGUUUGACCUGAAGAAACACAUGUUGUCCCACAGCAACAUCCGUCCCUACGCCUGCACCUUCUGCACCAAGAGCUACACCCGCAAAACUCACCUGAACAGACACCUGCUCACACACCGGACUGCCGACGGUGAGGUGGCGGCAGUGCAGGUGGCCGAGGAACCCUGAGGAUGUGCUUAAAUCAGAACUGUGUGUGCGUUGUACGAGUUUCAUGCGUUCAUUCCUGCAGUGAGUGAAUCAAUCGCAGAUUCCCGAGUCUGAGUCGACUUGUGGUGAUGCAGUUUGAGGUGGGAGCAGGUGAUCUGCGUGGAUCUGAUUUACAGGCAAAACUAACAGCUGAAAACAACAGAAAGCAGUUCUGCAACUUCAGCUGAUGAAGCGAGUUUGAUUAAUUCACAUUAAUUCACAAAUCAAAGAAACUUUAUUUUGAAUGUUUAUGAAUAUUUUAUUUGUAUUUUACUUAAAACAUUUUUACUGAUGUGUUUUUAUUGACAUGCUCUUAUUUACGUUUUUCUUAAAUUCAAACAUUUUUAUUUUACUAUAAAUGGAAAAAAUCUUCCAAUGUAUGAAAAAUGUAAAUGACAACACAAUCGACUGCUCACCUAAUACACAAGGUCAAAAAUCAAAUAAAGUUGAAAACACAUACGUAUUAUUUCAUAAAAGUAUUAAUUAAUUAUUAAAAAACAGUAAUUAGGUAAUCAUACUCAAGAUUUAUAGAAAUAAUAAUAAAUAAAUACUAAUUAAUAACAAUGAGCAUAAUAAAUAUUUUACAUGACAUAUUUUUAAUAUUUUGUGAAUGACAUGAAAUAUGAAAGUAAAUGUUUCACUCUUAAGUCUCGACUAAGUUAGCAAAAAUGUCAGUAAUGUAUAAAUAAAUAUUAGAGUAUAAAUUUUUUUAAUGUUUAAAAAGGUAAAUAUAAAAUACAUGGAACAUAAUAAAUUUUUAACAUUGCAGGUAAAAACUUGAUUAAUUCAAAUUCAGUAUCGAUAAAGUAAAUUUUCUGGUCUCUCAUUUUGUAUUGAAACUAAAUUUCACUCAGUUUCCAGCUGUUGGUCAAAAAAUGUCAGAUUUUUCUAACGUUUUACAAAGAAAAUUCUAAUAUUUGCCGCUCAGUUCACAGCUGCAUCACCGCAAGCUUUACUGAUGAGCAGUGAAGCUGAAUACGCUGUCCUGUUAGUCAGCGGUCCCCAACCUUUUUUGCGCCACGGACCGGUUUAUGCCCGACAAUAUUUUCACGGACCGGCCUUUAAGGUGUCGCGGAUAAAUACAACAAAAUAAAGCUAGUACCGGUCCCGAAAAAAGAGAAUUUUUCAUAACACACGUGAAAAGACCCAGGAAAACCGAGUUAACGAUAAAAACGAUAACAAAAUAACGCUGAAAACCAAUAAAAACCCUGAAAACCAUACAUUUCACACCUGAGCCUCAACUCGCGCGGCCUGGUACCAAACGACUCACGGACCGGUACCGGUCCGAGGCUCGGGGGUUGGGGACUGCUGCUGUUAGUGGAGUAAGUCCAGGGUCCGUUGCUUCAGGUUCUGUUGGUAGUAAAUAUAAUGAAUGACUGUUUUCUUGUACAGUGACACGUUACAUUACUACAUCACUAAUCUGUUAGUUUCACAUUGGUGGGAAGUGCUUACACUAAUAGGAUAAUAAAAGGCCAUUUUUUCAUGAUAUGAACUUAAAAAGAUGUUAAAGUGUUAUUUUGGUGAUCUUAAACGUGACCCGGUGAACCCUGUGGACCCCGAGGUCAACUGGAGCAUGUUAAUGUUUACUCUGCUGUGAAACAAAGUGUUAAAUCAAUUUGUGUCACUGACUCUGUUUACAUGUACAAAAAUUGUUCCAGCCUAUGUCCUUAAUCUGAAAUAUACACCAAACUACAAACCUCUUUGUUUGUCUAUCUGUAGUUGGUAUUAUUAUGUGGUAUAACAAGAUCAACUCAAACAAGUUUUUAAAGUUUUCAGCUGUCUGAACUCAGCCUUCAUUUUACAGUCCUCCAAUAGUCUUCUUGGAAAGUUCAGUUUUUCAUGUUUAUACAAAAAAAUCAUUGUUUUGUAUUGUGCUUUAACUCUAGUUGAGCACAGCAAAGAACGGGGCUCCACCUUGUGGCACUUUUCAGCAAUUGUGCUCUACUUAGUUAAAUUAUAAAGAAUGGAGAUAACUAAAUCGGGGAAAUUAAACAACCAAAAUCUUGUCUUCUCACCCAAAACAGUUAGCCUCUAAGGCAGGAAUACGCACACAAUCUGAAACACCAAAUCUGAGUCUAAAUAACAGAGCAUCUUCAAUGGGUCCCUUAUCCUGCCAACAGAUUUUAACUCCCAUCAUCUUGGACUGCAGCUUGCGAUGCAGGUUCAUGAGGAGCUUCUCCACCUCUGUCAGGCUCUGAUCUUCAACUGCAUUCCCAGAUGUUGGAGUUUUAGUCCAUCCAGCUGCAGACUAAGGAGACCUUUUGGCCUUUAUUUGGCAAAUGUUGGAAGGAACCACAAGUUUCUUAAUCUACUUCAUCUGUUGACCAUUUUCAUGGUCAACAGAUGAAGAUGAUUCAGGAGUAAACAAACAUAAUGAGAACACUUUAGAGCCUCUGUCAUGUAUGAAUAAACAGUACAGGGAUGUACAGUGCAGCUAUAACCUCUGUUUAUGUUAACUGUUAAUCUGUUGGCUGGUUGCUACAAACUUCUGGAAAAAUCUCCAGAGGAACUCCUAAGAUCACAUUGGCUUAUUUGGUUAAAUGGUCAGAAUGGGAAAUUCAGUUUACACAGCGUCAUUGCCUUAAUAAAUUACAGUAUUAUCAACAUAUCACACAUGUGUUAUGUCUUUGUAAUAAAUCCUGGUUUAGAAUAUGUUGUUUAUCAGAAUAGUAAUGGACUAUGAGGCCAUGCCUGCCACUGUAGUGACUGCUGUCACCUUAAAUGUAAAGAUGGCUGUUUGUGCUAUCUUGUUUGUAUCUGAGCGUGAACUUUGACCUCCUUCUGCCGGUUUGAUUUUCUAUCUUUGUUCAUAUAAAAGCUGCUCUGAUGGGA